AUGGCUGAGGAGGGAAAAAACCAAAAAAGUUUCGACUUUUUGAAUGUCUUGGGCCAAAUAUCCUUGGCCACAUUCGUGGGGACUUCAGGUAAGGGGUAACUAAAGUUACUAUAAGUAAUUUUAAGAGAACUGUCGUUUGAUUUGAAGAUAAAACAGGGAAAGACAGAGAAAACACAAUGUUUGUAGUGUUAUAUAACCACCUUAAAAUUGUUACGAUGACUAUUUACAGCGUUUGUUUUUGGAAGUACCAGUGCUGAAUUUGAAUUCAAAAGUCAUGUAAAUGACACUGAUAUUGAUGUAGAUGCCAAAGUACCUUUCCUCGUCGAUUUCUACGCGAUUGUUAGCAGUAUUGUAAUCGCGAUUGUUCAAGGGGAAAGUAAGUUUUUUAUACAGUAAUCUGACCCUUUUUUAGGCCUGACAGCAUUCCGAGUCUUCCGACAUGAUACCCGUCUUGUCCCCACCUUAUAUCGAUUACCUCUGAAUAUCUUAGCCCUGAUCUUCUCCAUCCUUCAUCUAAUCGCAUUGAUUAAUCAUCCCACAACUCCCAAUGCCUCAGGAUUUUCGUCUUUUUACUCAUGGAUAUCAAUUAUUCUGGUCGUUGGAUAUGUAAUUCAGGUAAUAUAAGGCGUGCGAGUUCUACAUCUUUUCGGACGCAGAAACCCGGAUUUCUCGUCUGUGGGCCCUCUAGACAAGAAAUGCGCAAUCCUUGCUGAUUGAGGACAGAGAAAAAAGAAAAAAAUCUUCACGGGGAGAGAGCAGAAAUUUGUACAAUGUUACGCUUAGAGGUCGCAAUCGGGCCGGGCUUGAGCAGAUUUGAAAAAGCCCCCGGGCCGGCUUGACCCUGACCGCUUCGGCCCGGCCAGGGAGGUUGUAUUUGCGGAUAAAUGAAUAAAUUUUAAUACUAAAACAGCAAAAUGAAGCACAAAUGUUGUGCAAAAUUGAUAGAUAGGUAUUAGAUUUAACCUUUUUGACUUAUGUCAUAUUUUUAUCAGUUUCUAAAACUGACUAAAAUCCUUAUUAUGUAUACGCAAUCCCGCACAAAUAUGCAAGUGUCGGGCAAGAAUCUUUGCAUUUUUUGGUGGCAGACUUAAAGAAUUCGUUGUAAUUUGAUCACGCGGCGUUGAAUUGUGCAUUUCUUGUCUAGAGGGCUCACAGGCAGGAAACCCGGCUUCUGCAAGGGGCUCCGGAAAGAUGCAGAACGCACGCGCCUUAUAUUUAAUCGUAUUAUCUUCAAAUUAUUACUUUAGGCCCUUUUCACCGUUUAUUCCCUCUGUUUUCCAAGGAAUUCAACACAUUUGAAGAAUGGAUUCAGACCUGCUCACAAAGUGUUCAGUAAUGCUUUAUUUGUGAUCACCAUUCUACAAAUAUUUAUUGGAAUGUCAUAUUAUACGGAGGUUCUGGGAAAGUAAGUCUUGCGAUGGUAUUACAGUACUCUUAGAUGUUACAACAAGCUCUCUUGUAAGUAUCAAACAGAUGUAUUCUUGAAUAUUGGGAUGGUUUCCUUAAUUCUUUACGGUCUGAUUACAUCCACCGUCUCAAUAAAUAGCCACUGGAAGGUCGAGAUGACGAAGGAGUUCUGA